GGGAUGGAAGCGGAAAGCCAUGGACAGGGGCAAGGAGAAAAUAGUGCGAAAGCCCUACGUAGUGAACGAGAUGGAAUAUGAGGCCAGUCUCCCUGAGAAGAAGUCAAACACACUCUCGCGAGACCUUAUUGACUAUGUGCGGUACAUGAUACAGAACCACGGAGAGAACUACAAGGAAAUGGCUCGAGAUGAGAAGAACUACUACCAGGAUACUCCCAAACAGAUUAAGAGAAAGAUCAAUGUGUACAAGAAUUUCUAUCCUGAGGAGUACAAAGAUUUCAUUGCAUCACUCAAGCAGGAAAAGAUGGAUGUGCAGUGA